GUCGGCGACUGCUCUACAGCUCCGCAGCAGCCAGCUGACGCCAGUCGCGGAGCCGCCGCCUUCGCUUUCAUCUCUGCCUCCGCCUCGGAGGAUCCCGGCCCGGAGCGAGAGCCGGCAGCUGGCCCGCGAGCCGCCGCCGCCAUGGGGAACCGCGUUUCACGGGAAGACUUCGAGUGGGUCUACACCGACCAGCCUCACGCCAGUCGGCGCCAGGAGAUCCUGGCAAAGUAUCCAGAGAUAAAAUCCUUAAUGAAACCUGAUUCCAACUUGAUAUGGAUUGUAAUUUUGAUGGUUCUCAUUCAGUUUGUUGCAUUUUACUUAGUAAAGGACUUGGACUGGAAAUGGGUCCUAUUUUGGGCAUAUGCCUUUGGCAGCUGCAUUAAUCAUUCAAUGACUCUGGCUAUUCAUGAAGUUUCCCACAAUAGUGCCUUUGGCCAAUGCAAACCUAUGCGGAAUCGUUGGUUUGGAAUAUUUGCUAAUCUCCCUAUUGGUGUUCCAUAUUCAGUUUCCUUUAAGAGGUAUCACAUGGAUCAUCAUCGAUACCUCGGAGGUGAUGGCAUCGAUGUGGAUAUUCCAACUGAUUUUGAAGGCUGGUUCUUCUGUACCACUUUCAGAAAGUUUAUAUGGGUUAUUCUUCAACCUCUCUUUUAUGCUUUUCGACCUCUGUUCAUCAACCCCAAACCAAUUUCUUAUCUGGAAAUCAUCAAUACUGUGAUCCAGAUCACUUUUGACGUUGCGAUUUACUACGUUUUGGGAAUUAAAUCUUUAGUCUACAUGUUGGCAGCAUCCUUACUUGGCCUAGGUUUGCACCCAAUCUCUGGACAUUUUAUAGCUGAACAUUACAUGUUCUUAAAAGGACAUGAAACUUACUCAUACUAUGGGCCUCUGAAUUUACUCACCUUCAAUGUGGGUUACCAUAAUGAACACCAUGACUUCCCCAACAUUCCCGGAAAAAGCCUUCCCCUGGUGAGGAAGAUAGCAGCUGAGUACUAUGACAGCCUCCCCCACUACAAUUCCUGGAUAAAAGUACUGUAUGAUUUUGUGAUGGAUGAUACAAUAAGUCCCUAUUCGAGGGUGAAGAGGCAUCAAAAAGGCAGCGUGGUUCUGGAGUAAAUGUCAUUAAGGCCAACGGAAUUCCUCUCUGAAACUCCAGAACAGCUGAGAAAGUGGAAUUUUUGCAUUACUAAAAAGACCAGCGAUGUUUAGAAGCUGCCCUCCUACAAAGUCUGAUCUUCAUGGUAUCAAGAAGCUAAUCUGGCUGUAAACAGUCAGCCUAUCUGUGCAGUUUUACUGACAGGAAACUUGUUCAUUGUAUUACCACCGUGGUGGAUGUUUUCACUUAGGUCUGACACUUUGUAAGCGUAUCAUAAAAAAAUAGCUUUUCAAAAGCUAUUUCUAGUAUGUUGUUUUCACUAUAAGGAUUUACUUUAUUAAAGCACCUAAUAAACUGAGCUGUUCAUCACAAUAAA